UCUUAUGUCAUUCCACACAGGAGUGAGCUUUUUUUUUUUUUUUUUUUUUUAACUUCUUGAAAAUGCUUCCUUAUGGGGCUGAGUCUGAUUGACAGCAUGCAGUGGAAAGCUGACUAUAUAAGUGAGUGAACUGUUCUCUAUUAUCCAUUCUAGACAAGGCUCCCCAUACGUGCAGUUGGCUGCCUCUACAAGGAAGGAACAAUACUUUUGCUUUUUAAGUCAUUUGAAGGUCUUUUUUGUUUGAUUUCUGCCUUCGUUCUGAUUUUUGGAUUGGGAAAAGAUCAGGUUUUAUGAAGCUUGUAACAAAAAGAGGGGUUAUGUUACGGAAAACUUUGGAGCGGCUUCUUAUCUUUCUUUGUUUUUGGGCUUCCCUGAAUGCUCAAGAUCAAGAUAGUGAAGAUGAGACUACAUUUGAUUUAUUUGAAAUUAGUAAUAUAAAUAAGAAGACCAUUGGCGUCAAAAUGUUUCGUGGACAUGAUCCAAGUUCUCCAUCAUAUCGAUUCCUCCGCUUUGAUCACAUACCCCCAGUUAAAACUGAAAAGAUGAGGGAAAUUAUCCAUCUGAUGCAGCUAAAUGAAGGUUUUAUUCUGAGUGCCACUAUAAAACAAGACAAACAUAACCGAGGGACGCUUCUUUCUAUAGAGGGCCCUGGCAUUUCCAACAGACUGUUUGAGCUUCAGUCAAAUGGACGAGCCAAUACUCUGGACCUAAUUUAUUGGAUAGAAGGGACUCAGAAUGUGAUAUCCUUGGAGGAUGUUGACCUGGCAGACUCUCAGUGGAAGAAUAUUACUGUUCAGCUGACGGGUGAAAACUUCAACCUCUACGUUGGAUGUGACCUUAUGGACAGUUUCCGCCUGGAGGAAACCUUCUAUGAGCAUAUGAAAGCUGAUAACAACAAGAUGUUUUUAGCCAGGGGCUCGAUACGUGAAAACCACUUUAGGGGACUGCUUCAAAAUGUUCAGUUAAUCUUUGACACUCCAGUUGAAGACAUCUUGAAGAGGAAAGGGUGUCAACUCGGCCACACAGGUGACAAUGUCAUCAAUGAAAAAACAGAAAUGAUCCACCUCUCCCCCCUCACUGAAUAUGUUGGAAAGAAAGAAGAUAGACAGAUAGACUUCUGUGACAGAUCCUGUGAUGAGUUAGGCACUAUGUUCACCGAACUCUCUGGGCUGCGUGUUGUUGUCAAUAACCUGCUUGAGAACCUUCAAAAAGUGUCUGAAGAAAACCAGGAGCUGUGGGAGUUGAUUGGGCCCAACAAAACCUUAAAGAACCAAUCAGUGUGCUGGCAGGAUGGACGUGUCUUUGGUGAUAAUGAAGACUGGAUUGUAGACAGUUGUACCAAAUGCACAUGUCAGAGCUCAAAAACAGUGUGUCAUCAGAUUACAUGUCCGACUGUGCAUUGUGACAGCCCAGCUUUCAUUGAGGGAGAGUGUUGUCCUGUCUGUUUCCCAUUAGAUAAUGAAGCUGGUUGGUCCCCAUGGUCUGAAUGGACAGAAUGCUCUGUAACCUGUGGCCCUGGAACCCAACAACGUGGAAGAUCAUGUGAUGCCACCAGUAGUUCUUGUGCUGGCUCCUCAAUCCAAACUAGAACAUGCAACCCUGGGAAAUGUGACCACCGCAUACGUCAAGAUGGGGCGUGGAGUCACUGGUCCCCAUGGUCAGCCUGUUCUGUGACCUGUGGAAUUGGCAACAUCACCCGUAUUCGGCUAUGUAAUUCUCCCAAGCCACAGUUAGGGGGAAAGAAUUGCACUGGAAGUGGACGAGAAACGAAAGAAUGUGAAGGGAUCCCAUGUCCAAUUAAUGGUAAAUAUGGUCCUUGGUCACCAUGGUCUAGCUGCAGUGUUACCUGUGGAGGAGGUCUGCGAGACAGGUCCCGUAUUUGCAAUAACCCUAAGCCACAAUAUGGAGGGAAGAAAUGUGCUGGAGAUACAAAAGAAAAGGAAAUGUGUAAUAAGCAAGAAUGUCCAAUUGAUGGGUGCCUAUCAAAUCCUUGCUUUCCUGGAGCUGAAUGCAGUAGCUACCCUGAUGGAUCUUGGUCUUGUGGAGCUUGUCCAGUUGGUUACAUUGGCAAUGGGACGUUUUGCGAGGAUCUAGAUGAGUGUACACUGGUUACAGAUGCUUGCUUCCGCCUGGGUGGUGUCCAUCGAUGUGUGAACACAGAUCCUGGUUAUCAGUGCCUUCCCUGCCCACCUCGCUACAAAGGCAACCAACCAUUUGGUGUUGGAUUAGAAGUUGCACAGAAAGACAAGCAAGAAUGUGAACCAGUUAAUCCGUGCAAAGACAAGUCUCACAACUGUCACAAGUUUGCAGAAUGUAUUUAUAUUGGCCACUUCAGCGAACCAUCUUUCAAAUGUGAAUGUCGCACAGGCUAUGCAGGUGAUGGCAUCAUUUGUGGAGAAGACUCUGAUUUGGAUGGCUGGCCCAACAACAACCUCAUCUGUGCUGCCAAUGCUACUUACCACUGCACCAAGGAUAACUGUCCACUCCUUCCUAACUCUGGACAAGAAGACUUUGAUAAGGAUGGUAUGGGUGACGCAUGUGAUAGAGAUGAUGACAAUGAUGGUGUAGAUGAUGAAAAGGAUAAUUGCCCUCUGCUUUUUAACCCACGUCAAUUUGACUAUGACAAAGAUGAAGUAGGAGAUCGCUGUGACAACUGCCCCUAUGUGCACAAUCCUGCCCAGAUUGAUACUGACAAUAAUGGAGAAGGAGAUGCCUGCGCUGUGGACAUCGAUGGCGAUGAUAUCUUAAACGAAUUGGAUAACUGUCCAUAUGUGUACAACACAGACCAGGCCGACACUGAUAAAGAUGGAGUGGGUGAUCAGUGUGACAACUGUCCUCUAAUGCACAAUCCUGACCAGAACGAUGUGGAUAAUGAUCUUGUAGGAGAUCAGUGUGAUAACAAUGAAGACAUUGAUGAAGAUGGCUAUCAAAACAAUUUGGACAAUUGCCCCUACAUUCCUAAUGCAAACCAAGCCGACCAUGACAAAGACGGCAGAGGAGAUGUUUGUGAUUCAGAUGAUGACAAUGAUGGUGUCCCUGAUGAUAGAGACAACUGUCGACUUGUGUUUAAUCCAGACCAGAAAGACUCAAAUGGUGAUGGCCGAGGGGAUGCUUGCAAAGACGAUUUUGAUAAUGACAGCAUUCCCGAUAUAUUAGAUGUCUGCCCAGAAAACAGUGGCAUUAGUGAGACCGACUUUAGAAAAUUCCAGAUGGUUCCUUUAGAUCCAAAAGGAACUGCACAGAUUGAUCCCAACUGGGUGAUUCGCCAUCAAGGAAAAGAGCUGGUUCAGACUGCCAAUUCAGAUCCUGGUAUAGCUGUGGGCUUUGACGAGUUCAGUGCAGUCGACUUCAGUGGAACAUUUUAUGUAAACACAGACCGUGAUGAUGAUUAUGCUGGCUUUGUGUUUGGUUAUCAGUCAAGCAGUAGAUUUUAUGUGCUGAUGUGGAAGCAAGUCACUCAAACAUAUUGGGAAGAUAAGCCAUCUAGGGCCUAUGGGUACUCUGGUGUCUCUCUGAAAGUUGUCAACUCAACGACAGGGACUGGAGAACACUUAAGGAAUGCAUUGUGGCACACUGGAAAUACACCUGGAGAGGUAAGAACACUGUGGCAUGACCCCAAGAAUGUUGGCUGGAAAGAUUACACUGCUUACAGGUGGCACCUGACUCACAGACCAAAGACUGGCUACAUUAGAGUUGUUGUGUAUGAAGGAAAACAGAUUAUGGCAGACUCUGGACCAUUGUAUGACAAGACAUACGCAGGGGGACGGCUGGGGCUCUUUGUGUUCUCCCAAGAGAUGGUGUUCUUCUCUGAUCUCAAAUACGAAUGUAAAGAUGUUUAAGAACUUGUUAACAUAUUGUGUACUUUACUGUACAUCCUGCGUGACCAAGACACCUCAAUACACCUGGUACUCCUAAAAGUCUAUAAAACUGUCUACACAGCAGCACCUCAUAAAUCCUGUAAGAUCUAUGUAGAAGAUGAAUCGAGUGUAGACAUCCAGCACAUCAAUGGAGAAGAACAAAAACCUCACCCUGGACUUUGGUCGGGUUGAUAAAUCAGCAAAUGUGGGUUAUUUUUGUGACACAUUUUUUGAUGAUGCAGUAAACAACAUUUUUAUAAUAAAAGAUCAUUUAUGUCUUUCUUAUAUUGAUCAACUAAUCAACUCACAGUUUUUGAUAUAGUGCAUAUAUUAUAUCAUUUAGACAUUUUAUCCAUCAGUUUUAAAUAAUGUACUUUUAUAUUUCUCCUGGACUUUCUUAUUCACCAGUGGCCAUUGUUAUGUAUGUCUGAUUGACCAUUUUUAUUUUUUACUACAAAGCAAACAUUUAAUCCAAUGUCAUAAGGUAUUUAAGAGCGAGAAGCAUUGGCAUAAUAUAGCAGGGAAUUGUACAGCACAG